GCACUGCACACAUUAAUAUAGAGAGUGAUUUAUAUGUAAUAUGUCAAAAAAUAUUUUAAAAAAAUAAAAAUAGGAGUUUUGGUUCUUAAAUUGCUCAACUACCCCUCAAUUUUUCCCUCCAAUUCACAUUAACUAAAUUCACAGAAAAUAAGGCCAUAAAAGAUGUUAGUUUUCAAUCUUAUUGUCAGUUCUGCUAUAUACAUGCAGUAGUACUGCUGCCACAGAAAAGAAUCCAAUAUAAAAGACCCGGUUUUUUUUAUUUUUCCAUUCAUGUUAACAUCUUUUACUAUUCAUUUCCUUUACUCUCAACAGUCACCGGAAUCUUGAUUCUCAGGUCAUCGGAAGAAAGCCCUUUUCUAGCCAAUGAAUCUUCACCCACAUGGGGAAAGAAAUCAUCAGUGUUGAGCAGGCAACUGUGCUCAUAUCUUCACUCAUCUCUGUUUCUCAUUCAAUUAGAGUUUUCGCUGUGAAGUGGCAAAUAAUCCGAGAAAGGCUUGAAGAGCUUCUUUCCAGCCUCACAGUCAUAGAAAACUGCGAUUCCAUCGAAAACAACCCUUCAUUUCUUGCAACCCUUUCAGCCAUUUUAGCGUCUUUGAAGGAUUGUGAAGAUCUUGCCAAGAGAUGUUUGGGGGUUUCUUACAGCGGGAAGCUGCUGAUGCAGAGUGAUCUUGAUAUCGUUUGUGCUACGUUGAGGAAACAUAAUAAGAGUCUCUCUGAUAUUUACAAUCUUGGAUUGCUCACUCAGAGUAACGCAAUUGUGUUAUCAAGGCCUAAUCUUGGAGCUUCAAAAGAUGACAUGAAGAUUUAUGUCAAGGACUUGUUUUCAAGGCUCAAAAUUGGUUGUCCAGAUAUGAAAAGGCAAGCUUUGAUUUCUUUCAAUGAAGUCAGUCAAGAUGACGAUAGAUAUGUGAAGGUUGCUCUGGAACUUGAAAGCUUUGUUCUUUUUCUUGUGAAUUUUCUUGAUUCCCAGGAACAUGAAAUCCAAGAAGAAGCUGCUAAAGCAGUUUCUGUAAUUGCUGGGUUUGAGGUAUAUAGAGGGGUAUUGAUUAGUGCUGGAAUUAUUGCUCCAUUGAUCAGAAUUUUGGAAAGUGGGACAGAAUUGAGUAAAGGGUUUGCAGCAAACAGUCUCCAGAAAUUGACUGAGAAUUCAGAAAAUGCAUGGUCAAUCUCUGCUCAUGGUGGAGUAACUGCCCUAUUGAAACUCUGCUCCAGUACUGGUGAUUGCCCUGCUGGAUUAGUAGCACUGGCAUGUGGGGUGCUGAAAAAUCUGGUUGGUGUUGAGGAAAUCAAGAAAUUCAUGGUUGAAGAAGGAGCAAUUCCAGCCUUGAUUAAACUCAUAAGGUCCAAAGAUGGAGCCAUAGCUUCUUCACAGAUAAGUGCCAUUGAUUUUCUUCAGACAAUGGCUUCUGGAGAUGAAUCAAUCAAGGCAAUGAUUGUUAAAGAAGGUGGGGUUCGGGCAUUAGUCCGUGUGUUGGAUCCCAAAUUAUCAUCAUCAUCAAAAGCAAAGGAAAUUGCAUUAAAGGGAAUCAUGAACUUAUGCAUUCCUUCAGCAAAUUCCUUUGGAUUGUUGCACAACUAUGGCUUCUUGGAUCACAUCUUGUAUUUCCUUCACUAUGGGGAGAAUUCAGUUCAAGAAUUGGCAUUAAAGGCUACAUUUUGGCUGAGUGAAACAUCAGAUGAAGCCAAAAAGGCAAUGGGGGAUGCUGGAUUCAUGCCUGAAGUUGUCAAAUUUCUGGAUUCAAAGUCAUUAGAAGUGUGUGAAGUGGCAGCUGAGACACUGUACAGCCUGUUUUUGGUACCCAGAAACAGGAAGAGAUUUGUGCAGAGUGACCAGAAUGUGGGAUGCUUUUUGCAAACGCUGGACCAAAUGGAGAUGAUCAAUAAUUAUUCAGGUAACAAAAAGCUCUUGCUCUCCAUAUUGAUGUCAUUAACCAAUUUCAACAGUGCAAGAAGAAAGAUUGCAAAUUCCGGGUACUUGAAAAAGAUUGAAAAACUUGCUGUGGAGUCUGACAAUUCCGAUGCCAAAAAGAUUGUCAGAAGGUUAUCCUCCAACAGAUUCCGAAGCAUUCUCAAUGGAAUCUGGCAUUCCUGAUCUAAAAGUCAUGAUCUUUUUAGUUACUAAAUUUUGUACUGUCAUAAAUUGAGCAAAAAUCCCAGUUGUUAAUAUAGGUAAUAUACUAAAUUAAAUUCCUUUUCUUCAUUUUUCAUCAUCAUAUAGCAUUAAUUUAUUUGUUCAUAGAGUUCCCACUCUCUUUGUAAGUUUGUUUGAGAAAUAGUGUACAAAAAGGGCCAAUAUGGAGGCCAAUAAAUGGCAUUAAAGUUAUCCUUUUGGUUGGAUGGGAAUUAAUGAAAAUCAUAUAUAAGAAGAAGAAAUUGAAGGAUAUGGAAUUGGACUGUUGUAAAAUAGGUUUCUUUUGGUGGUAUAUUUUGUCUUUGUUCAUAAAAUAGGUCACAUGGGAAUGGCAUGAGAUUGAAGAUUGGGCAUGUGAGUAGUAGCUAUCAAUGAAUUGUAUAGCUUGAAUUUUUGUGCUAGAUGAUAAUACUAUGAUAUGGAGGAAUUGGGCAAAAUGUCUCUUCAUAUCAAUGCCCUCAUUCUCUCCUAACAAAAUUAAUUUGUAGAACCACGUAAAACAUAACAACAAAAUAAAAUAUUCCCUCUGUCCCAAAAUUAUUGUCCGGUUUGAGAUUUCACUUUUAGUAUAAUUUGAACUAGAAAUAAAAAUCCAAACUGGACAAUAAUUAUGGGAGGGAGGGAGUAUAUUUUUUUCGUUA